UUAGAUUGGCGAAUAUCUACAGUUAGGGUAUGCACACAUCGCUACUGAUGAGGAACUUCGAAUGUCGGAUCCUAAGCGUACCUGGUACUUACCUUUAGGAGUGGUGAGACAUCCCCGUAAACCUGACAAAGUUCGCGUUGUGUGGGACGCAGCCGCGACAGUGAAUGGCGUUUCAUUAAAUUCACUUCUCUUGCCUGGGCCUGAUCUGCUGACACCUCUGAUGACAGUUUUAUGCCAGUUCCGUCAACGACAAUAUGCUGUCUCGGCGGAUAUUCGUCAGAUGUUCCACCAACCUAUCAUUAGACAAGAGGAUCGACAAGUACAACGUUUCCUGUACCGCACCGACGUCCAGUCUAGCCCUACGGUAUAUGUUCUAGAUGUCGCCACUUUCGGCGCGACAUGCUCGCCAUGUUCAGCGCAAUAUGCUAAAAACUUAAAUGCAUCCGAAUACCGCACUAGCCUUCCAGAAGCAGCAGAGGCUGUUAUCAAGAACACAUACGUUGAUGACUAUCUAGAUUCUCGGGACACCAUUGAAGAAGCUGUUAAACUGUCGUUGGAAGUACGAAUGAUCAAUUCCAAAGCUGGGUUCGAUCUCAGAAAUUGGAAGUCAAACUCUAAAGAAAUUCUGCGUCAUGUUGGCGUAGAAUGUCUGGAGUCGGAGAAAAAUUUUGCCGUAGAGAAAUCGACACCAAUGGAGCGAGUCCUAGGAAUGUCAUGGAUGACAGAUGAUGACAUAUUCGUGUUCUCAGCUCAAUUUCGAGAGGAUCUACAACAUGUUCUAUCCGGAAACAUCGUUCCCACAAAGCGUCAAGUUUUGAGGGUAGUAAUGAGCUACUUCGACCCGCUUGGAAUAAUUACCAACUAUACUAUCCAAGGAAGGAUACUUCUUCAAGAUAUUUGGCGCUCUAAUGUCAAGUGGGAUGACCCCAUCACCGAUGCAGACUUCUCGAACUGGCAACGAUGGGUAAUGCUGGCUCCACAGCUCAACAGAGUUGCAAUUUCUCGUUGUUACUUCCCAAAUUACGAAAUAAGCAGCUACGAUUCACUUCAACUGCACGUUUUUGUUGAUGCGGGGGAUCAAGCUUACGGUGCUGUCGCAUAUUUUCGUAUUGUUGAACGCGGAAUACCACGAUGUGCUCUGGUAGCCGCAAAAGCCAAAGUAACAUCGUUGAAGCCUCUUUCUACUCCACGAUGCGAGCUCAAUGCUAGUGUUAUAGGAGUUCGGCUUAUGAAAACGAUUGAGAACAAUCACUCGCUUAGAAUCAAAAAACGCUUUUUGUGGACCGAUUCAACAACUGUUCUGUCUUGGAUUCGUGCUGAUCCUCGUAAAUAUAGACAGUACGUGGCACUUAGAGUUUCCGAAAUACUUUCUGAAAGCCACGUAAGCGAAUGGUAUUGGAUUGCUACAUCGAAGAACGUCGCUGACAAAACAACCAAAUGGGGUCAUGGACCAGACUUUGAACCGAAUAGCGAAUGGUACAGUGGACCAAGUUUUCUUCUUCAGCCCGAAAAUGAAUGGACUUUGAAGCAGCCAUGCAUCGUAGACCCACCAGAGGAGCUCAAAGUAAUCAACGUUCAUCAGGAAGCAUCCAUUGACCCAGUAGUGGACUUCGCAAAGUUUUCCCAACUUCAAUCGUUAUUAAGAAGGUUGGCCUACCUUCACCAUUUUCGACGGCGUUGCAGUAUCAAACAAAGAGUUUCAUCGACUAAAGGCAAAGUAGUGUUAUCCCAAGAAGAUUUCGAAGCUGCUGAGAGGAGUUUGUGGAAAAUAAUCCAGCUGCAAGAGUUUCCGCACGAGAUUUUUGUCCUUAGACGGAACGCCAUUUUACCGAUGAAUGAGCGAGUACGUUUGGAAAAAUCAAGUUCCUUGUCAAAAUCAUCCCCCUUCAUCGAUGAUGACGGAAUACUGCGUGUUCAGAGCCGAAUCGAUCCUGCAGCAGCAUACUAUGCUUUCAACUUCCGGAAUCCCAUCAUACUUCCGAAACAUAACCACGUGACGGACUUGUUAGUGUUACAUUACCACCAAAAGUUUGGACACGCCAAUGUGGAAAUCGUCGUGAACGAGUUACGACAGCGGUACUACAUUACUAGACUUCGGACUGUCGUGAAGAAAAUAGUGAAACAGUGCAUGUGGUGUCGCGUAUAUCGAGCAGUUCCACAUCCACCCAAAAUGGCGGCUUUGCCUCAACCACGGGUUCAACCUUACGUUCGACCGUUUUCGUUCGUGGGAUUGGACUAUUUCGGACCAAUGAUUAUCAAGAGGGGCCGCACAAAUAUUAAGCGCUGGGUGGCACUGUUCACUUGCCUUACCGUGAGGGCGGUGCAUUUAGAGGUGGUACAUUCAUUGUCUACAGAAUCGUGCAAAAUGGCAAUACGACGCUUUAUUGCACGGCGAGGCGCACCUCGGGAGAUUUUUAGCGACAAUGGCACUAAUUUUCGCGGGGCCGCUCGAGACCUGGCAGAAGAAAUCCGCAAUAUCAACAGCAAAGUUGCAUCUACCUUCACUAAUGCAGAUACUAAGUGGACCUUCACUCCACCAUCCGCGCCUCAUAUGGGAGGAGUGUGGGAGCGAAAGGUUCGCUCCAUAAAGGAGGCUUUAAAAUCGUUGUGUCAUCGUGAUAAACUCGACGAUGAGGAGUUUUGUAACCGAUGGUUCCAUAAAUUGCCUUGUGACUCCAUCACAAAUAAACAAGAAUCAUUAACUCCUGAAUACAACCCUGUGAUAUGCUCACCAUGCUCAGAGAGAGAAAUAAAAACUCUCACACUCACACAAUCCCAACCCUUUCCAACGGUACCACUCACCAACCAGCAUUCUAUGAACAGCGGUUUGAGCGCCGGCAAAAGAUCCCAGCCGAAGCAGCAAUCCAGAGGCAUGGCCAGGGGGCGGUGGUACUCAAGAGAGUAAUCAAUAUUUAAAUACGGCAAAUUCGGGUUUGCUCGUAGGAUUAAGGGAAUUUUGAGUCCGAUCUCGGCUUGCUAGCUUUAGCCAGUUCAAUUUCGCUCUGAACAUACAGCGAGCAGUAAGUGCGCGUCGGAUGUACAGUUUCUAAUAUCUAGUACCGCUAAAAGCCUUAAAGCUAAAAUUAGUAGUGUUAGUUAGUUAAAAAUAAUAAAUAAAAGUGGUUAGUGGUGUUAGACAGACGGGAAAAAGUGUUAAAAAAAGUCUAAAAUUCUAUUGUGUUAAUAUAGGGUAGUUGCACCAAAUAUAAAGCAAGCACCACAACCUACACCGAAACAAACUAUAAAACACAUAAGAAAAAGGUAAAAACAUGCAAAAACUAGUGAUUCCUUGUAAAAACUUGUUAAAAAUAUGUCCUAAACAUUGUUAAAAUGCGGUUUUGUAAGGAAAAGUGGUAUAUGUGGCAGAAGAUUAAUAAGCG